GCGCGUGUGACCCAGGCCUUCCGCGGCGGUCCAGUGGGUUCGCCCCAAAGUGAAACUAGUGCGGGCGGCGGCGUCCGCGGCGGCUCGCGGGGCGCGUAGUCAGCCAGAGACCUGAGGGUCUGGGAGGCUGGGGUCGUCCGGAAGAGGGUCCCCAGGGUCCAGACGGUCCCGGGGGAGGAUCUCGAAGGCGGGCCCCGGCGGAGGCGGGGAGGGCCCGGAGGAGGGUCCCGGGUGGUCCCCGGCUGGCCCGAGCCCGCGGCCAUGGCCGCGCCCGCCGACCCGCGGCGGCUGUGCCGGCUGGUGCAGGACGGCCGACUGUGCGCCCUGCGCGGGGAGCUGCUGGCGGCGGGGCACGCGGGCUGCGCGGGGCCGGCCGGGGACACCCUCCUGCACUGCGCCGCCCGCCACGGCCGCCGGGACGUCUUGGCCUAUCUGGUCGAGGCCUGGAACCUGGACAUCGAAGCCGCCAACCGGGACUACAAGCGGCCUCUGCACGAGGCUGCCUCCAUGGGCCACCGGGACUGCGUGCGGUACCUGCUGGGCCGGGGGGCCGCGGUUGACUGUCUGAAGAAGGCCGACUGGACUCCUCUGAUGAUGGCCUGCACAAGGAGAAACCUCGAGGUGAUCCGGGAUCUCGUGGAGCACGGCGCCAAUCCGCUCCUGAAGAACAAAGAUGGCUGGAACAGUUUCCACAUCGCCAGCCGCGAAGGCGACCCUCUGAUCCUCCAGUACCUGCUCACAGUUUGCCCCUCUGCCUGGAGGACAGAGAGCAAGAUCGGGAGGACCCCACUGCACACGGCAGCAAUGCAUGGAUGUUUAGAGGCAGUAGAGGUGCUUCUUCAGAGGUGCCAGUACGAACCGGACUGCAGAGACAGGUGUGGCCUCACGCCCUUCAUGGACGCCGUUCAGUGUGGCCACACGGACGUGGCCAGGCUGCUCCUCGAAAAGCACAAGGCUUGCGUGUCUGCUGAGGACUCACUGGGGGCCCAGGCGAUCCACCGGGCAGCGGUCACUGGGCAGGAUGAAGCCAUCCGAUUCCUGGUCUCGGAGCUUGGCGUCAACAUUGAUGCAAGAGCAGGAUCCACCCAUCUUACGGCACUUCACUUUGCAGCUAAGGAAGGUCAUGUGAGCACAGUCCAGACGCUCUUAUCCUUGGGUGCUGACAUCAACGCCAAGGACGAAAGAAAUCGAUCAGCAGUCAAGACUGACCUCAGAAUUUUUUCCCAGGACGAUGAGCAUCUGAGAGUCAGUGGUCAAACUGUGACAAACUGUGAGUAUUCCAGUAAAACACAGGCAUCUGUUCAUGAAUGCCUGUUGAGAAGACCCAGUCCAAUGUUCCAGUCUGACAUGCAGAUAAUCCCUAGUCAUAUAAAGAAGAGAACUGAUUUUAAAAUGUUAACAUUUAAAAUAAUAAUUAGAUAUCAAAGGUUAAACGGCUUUGAAAAAAAAAGCAAUACUAAGCCAAAGUAGGACUAUACUACUACUAUUAUUACUAUUACAUCAGUCUGGAAUUAAAAUAUACCUCUGGGUAGACAGGACCAAUCUAAGCUCACUGAGGCCUCACACAGCGCCUGCCUCAGAGGAGAAAAUUGAAAACAAUUAAGGUAUUUUUAUUUCAAAGGCCUUCUAGUAGAAGAUUUGGGGUUAAUAUGAAAGGUAUAGAGAUAUCAUAAACAUAUCUCUGAGAAAAAUUCCCCCUAAACCUCCUACAAAUACAGUACAGAGAGUCAGACCAGAAUAGCUUGCUGGGGUUAAGGAAGUGGAAAGACCCUCCUAUAAUAUCUGUCCAUCCCUCUUAUCUGGAAGCAGGAUGUACCCCCUCCUCCUGGCAGCCAGAUUCUGCCAUGUGACCUGAAGCCCUGGCUAUAGUUAAUUGGAUCGAAUUGGACCGAGACCCAAGCUGAGCCAACCAGAUUCUCUACUUCUGGAAAUCUGAUACUGAAUUAUGAAAAACUAGAUAGUCUAGUUGGUUUGGAGGUUCUCACUCACAUCGGUUUUUCACCCCCUGGGAACACUGACAAUAUCUGGAGACAUUCUGAUGUCACAGCUGGGGUUGGGGGAGAGGGUGGAUGUUGCCAGCAUCAAGGGCAUAGAGGCCAGGGAUGCAGCUAAACAUGCUCCAGUGCCCAGAACCACCCCCAACACAAAGAAUCAGCUGCCUAAAGUCCACACCGUGUAGCGGAGAACUCUUGUUCCCAUGACCUCUGAACAGGCAGCAGGCAACUGAGGAGACCAGGGCUGCCAGCCAGCAUCUCCCUUGCACAUCCCAGGGGAGAGGCGACCCACCGGGAGAGGACAGCAGAGAGGCCAGACAGAGAGCAGCUGAGCUCAGAGACAGCCUUCCAGUUACUGAUUCCUGCUCCUUCCAGACUCCUAACUACAUUUUUGCCCCUUUGUCUUUCUAAUAUAUUCUCCUUUAAAAAAAAAAAAAAAAAUAUAUAUAUAUAUAUAUAUAUAUAUAUAUCUCACCACGCUGUGUGGCGUGUGGGAUCAUAAUUCCCUGACCAGGGAUUGAACCCACACCCCCUUUCAUUGGAAACUCGGUCUUAACCACUGGACUACCACAGAAGUCCCAAUAUAUUCUCCUUUUAUACGUAAGGUAGCUUGACAUGGUUUUUAAUACUUGAAAUCAAAGUAAUUUAAGUUAAUAGAAGAAACAUUCAAGUGAAUGGUUUUAAAAUGCUCUAAGCAACAUUGAAGCUUGGGUAGCUUAAAGAUCUUUCCAGUCUUUUAGAAUGAAACAAAUAUGUAAAGUGAAAUGGCUAACUAUCAUUACUUCAUCCCAUGAGGUUUCUACAGUUAGGUGCUACAGUGAGUCUUUCUAAAGGGCAAUGGCAUUUACAACGUGCCUUCCCUGUACUUGUGAGUCUUUUGGGAACCAGGACACCUGGCUUACCUGCUCUGCCACCACACCUGAGCCCCACCCUGAGCCCCACCCAGUUCCACCAACUCCCAGUCACUGUACAUGGAGCAGCUCCAUAGAGCUGCUACUGAUUACACUUGCUAAUGAGGUCUAUUUUGCAUAUUUUUUUGUUAUCUCCAUGCCCAUCAUCAGUCUUGGGACUGAUUUUUACUUCUCUAUCUAUAGGAAUUCAAUAAAAAUUAUGAUUUAGGUUAAAUCACUGAGAUGGUCUUUGAAACUGUUUCUUCCUGGAAGCUAUAUUUUUCUUUAUGUUUUAGGAAAGCUAUGAAUUCAUUCAUUUAUCCACAUAUACAGUUUCUUAGGCAUCACUGACCCCUGUGGAAAUCUGAUGGUGGAUCCUCUUUCUGGAAAAAUGCACAUGGGCACUAUAUUUUACAUACAAAUGUGAGGGUUCACAGACCACUGAGAGGCCUUCAUACUUACCCCUCAGAUCAUGAGACCUGCCUUAUAUAUUUAUUUAGUGCCUACUAUGAUACCGUCCUUGGGGUUGCAAAGAGUUG